AUGCCUUCUAACUCUCGUAUCGUUCGUUCUCCCCCUCCUCGACCUGCUCCUCCUCGUACUUCCGCCACCCCACCACCACCACCUCCGCCAACGCGCUCUUCGAUGAUACACUCUUCGCCGUCUAUUCCUUCUACUAUGUCACCUGUCAUUCAACUCGAUAGUAACGCUCCGACUGUGGGAGGUCAAGUUAUGAAAAAUGGUAUAGGUGCUACUCCGCCUAUGGUCAAUGGUAAACGGAUGACUUCGAAUCCUACGAUCCCUAAUGGUAAUCUUGACCAUCCCACUCCUCAAACUACUCAACUACCAGUCCAACAUCCACGUCCUCCUUCCGCUCCUCCAGCCUCUUCAUUCCCCUGGUCAACACGUCCUAUCAAAUUAUACGCAUCUCAAUCCUCCCCUCCACAACCUCCUGUAUCACCUUUCCCACGAUAUGGUCUCUCCGUUCCAGGCUUCCCUUCACAUUCUGGCCACAUGCUGUUAUUCGGCGGUCUUGUGCACGAGACAGUCAGGAACGAUCUUUGGUCCAUGGACGUGAGAGAUUGCAUGACCAUGCUCGUCAAGACUAAAGGUGACGCGCCUCUACCUCGGGUCGGACAUGCAAGUGCUAUCGCGGAUAGGAUCAUGUUGAUUUGGGGAGGGGAUACCAAGGUUCGACCUGAAGACCCACAAGAUGAGGCUUUAUACAUUCUCGAUUUGCGCACCCAGGAAUGGAUAAAACUAUCUAUCCCCAAUGGUCCAGUCGGUCGUUACGGCCAUGCCGUAUGUAUGCACGAAUCCAAGCUGUUCAUGUUUGGAGGUCAAGCCGAGGGAGCUUUCAUGGAUGAUUUCUGGGCGUUCGACGUCAAGCAACUCUCUGGCGAUCAACAGUCGUGGGAAGUAGUCAAAGCUACCACCCGCACACCUCCUAAACGGACAGGUCACAUUCUCAUGUCCUAUCAAGGCAAAAUCUACCUGUUCGGAGGUACAGAUGGACAAUUUCAUUACAAUGACACAUGGGCAUACGAAGUGGCCACGGGUGUUUGGACAGAACUGUCUUGUAUCGGGUAUAUCCCCACUCCUCGAGAGGGACACGCUGCAGCCAUCGUAGACGACGUCAUCUAUGUGUUCGGAGGUCGGGAUGUCAAUGGCAAAGAUCUCGGGGAUCUAGCCGCUUUCAAGAUCUCCAAUCAUCGAUGGUUCAUGUUCCAAAACAUGGGUCCUGCGCCAUCUGCGAGAUCUGGACAUUCCAUGGUCGCUGCGCAUGGAAGGAUAUUCGUUCUGGGUGGAGAAGCCAAUGCCACGAUGCCCACUCAGAAGGAUGACCCUUCUCUGAUACAUGUCCUAGAUACAACCAAGAUCAAAUACCCUGGUGAUUCUCAGACUCCGCGGGUCAAAGCGAAAACGCCAGAACCGGGUCAAACAUCUGUCCCACAGGCUCCGGCGUCGAUAGAACAGCAAACAUUACAACGUGGUAUACCUCUUUCAGGCUCAAUGGACAGUUUGCAACAACGAGCCAUGUCCCCUGCACUAAUCAACGGAAGACCCAAUGGAAUACCUAUUGUCAAUGGAAGUCCCGAACGGCCCAUGCCUCGAUCUGAAUCUUUAGAUGCAAUGGCCCAACAAGCGACUAAACCAAUACCCAACGGCGUGCCCCAACGUCCGAAACGGGAAGGAGACGAGGAAUAUCGACGUGCCAUGUCUCCCCAACAUGGUGAAUCAGCCAGUCCAGUACCGAACGGAUCUGCUCGAGUCACUUCGCCUCCAAACGCCCCCGGACCUUCUUCACCUCCUCAAGGUGUGAAACAUCAGUUUAACGCUAGCGUGGUGGGAACUCGAAGUCCCUCACCUAGAAUGAGAAUGACAGACACUGUGGAUAAACCAACACCGCCUUCCGAUGCCUUUUAUUAUGCUCGCUCUCCUACUGCCAAUGGUUUCCAAGGACGCCCUACCUCCCUGUCAGGCACUGCGGACUUGAUACGGGAGCUCAAGUCCAGAGAAGCAGAAGUGGAUCAUGGGAGAAAGCGUGAAGCUGCUUUAAGAGUGGUUAUUGGUCGUGCUAUGGCGCAAGGAUUCGUUCCUGAUCGAGAUGAAGCGGCUCUGAUACCUAAUCGGGAUUCAGACGGUGGUGGUACCGAUCAAGUAUUGAAAGAUGCUCUGAUACGGUUGAAGCAGGAAAAGGCCCAGAUACAGAACGAAUUUGUUUCUCAAAUGCGAGCUGUCUCCGAGAAGGCUGCUGAAGCUGACAGACUACGUCGUGGAGCUUUACAAGAAGCAGCUUUCUAUCGUGCUAAACUUGCGACUCUGGAAUCUGGCUCACCUAUCGAUCUCGGUCGACUGGAAAAAGAACGAAUCGCUGAGUUGGAACGUCAGCUCGCCACUCUAUCAGCCGAGCAUACCAACGUCCAACGAGAUAUGGAACGUCUUUCCGAUCAAUGUAGUUCGGAUCGUCAACUUCAUGCCGAAGCUAUUGACCGAGAGUCUGGAACUCUGAAACGAGCUGAAGAAGCCGAAGAAGCUCAUCGAAAUACUCUCGAAGAACUGGAAGACGUCCGUCAAAAAGUCAUCGUUGCCGAAGCUUCAGUAAGAGAUCAUACCGAGCGUCUCAUCACACUGUCAUCCCUUGCACAACAACGAGAAGCCGAAAGAGAUCAACUUCGUACCAAGUUAGAUGACGCCAUACUUGCUCGCGACCAACAUCUCGGGUUGAUCGAACAAGCUCAAAGUGCUAUCGAUGCGGCCGGUCUACGAACGACGGAGCUGGAAGCUCAAAACCUCAAAUCCACCUCCCGAAUCGCAGAGUUAGAGACGGAAUUGGCCGAUACGAGACUCGAAUUGGAAGCGAGGACAAGAGAUGCGGACAUGGCUACACAACGUAUGACAGAGGUCGAAAAUGCUUACGCUCAAUCUCGAGAGGAGGCGGACGAAUUGAGAAACCUCACCACCGGUGGACUUGGCCAAGUCAUCGAUUCUCUUAAAGAGAUGAGGGCGGAUGAAGAUCGUAAUUCUCACGGACAUAGGGAGCAGAUUCGUGCGUUGGAAGAAGAGUGUAAUUCUUUGAGACGAAUGUUGAAAGAAGCUGGACAAAGAUUAGAUGCCGCCGAAUCUGGAGUCAGCCAUCAUAGGACAAAGGCUCGUGAUUUCGAAACUCAGGUUCAGGCUUUAAGAGCGGAAGUCAGAGUUCAUCGGAAUAAACUCGGAAAGUCACACGAGGAAACGAGCAAAUUGAAGGAGUUGCAAGCUACCCGAGAUGCAGAGUUGAGAGAUAGGGAACAGGCAGUGACUGAGAUGGAAACUAGGUUGACUAUGAUGCGUAAUCUUUUGGCCGACCAUGGUAUUGCAGUCAACGACAGUGAAGUUGGUGAAGUGCCAACAACUCGAGAAUUGGAAAUGCAACUUCGCGAAAGAACUCGGGAACUUGACAACGCCCAGAGAGAGAUUGAUGAGCUCACUCGACGAUGUCAGGAAGCCGAAAAUAAAGUGGAGUCACUUGGAAGAUUAGUGGAGAGAAUCAAAGAUGCCAGAUCACCCACCAGUCUCUCGAUGCGAUCACCAUCGCCACCUGGGGAAGGAGAAAGGGCCAGGGUGGCAGAUGUUGAAAAAAGAAUGGCGGAGAUGGAGGCUAGUCAUAAAGAAAAGGUGGCGAGUUUGGAGAGUGAUUAUCAGACUGCUGUCAAGUAUGUCAAAGGUACCGAAAGGAUGAUGAAGCGUUUGAAGGACGAACUCUCCCGACAAAAAGCCGCCAAUCUUUCACUCCAAUCCGAAAUGGACCAUCUUCGCGGUCGCGCAUCCGUCGAACCUGGUGCACCCCGAAAUUCAGGCAGAGCCACACCUUCGCCGAACGAACAUGAACUACAGAGAAAACUCGCCACUUUACAAUCGCAACAUACAACGAUGCAAGCUGAGCUCAACGCGGGUCGGGAUGUACUCACGGCUCGUGAACGUGAAGCCGAGGUGAUGCGUUUGCGUAUGGACGAAUCAGAGAGAGAAGUUGAAGCUUUGAGAGACGAAUUGUUACAAGCUCAACAAAGAAUAAACACUUUGUUGGAAAUGGGACAACCGUUCAGUGAUGAUGAUCAUGUUUCUGUAAAGAAGAGAGAUUCUGCUUCUAGUGAAGAGGCCUCGAUGGCUUUUGAUAAAUUCACAAAAGAAUUACAAAAAUGGGAACGUACCCGUUCACCUCAAGCCGUCGGAUCAGAUGGAGAUUCACAUUCUCCCGAAUUGAACACAUCCCCCGUCGGAGUCGGUGCACACAAACGUUCUUCAUCGGAUUAUUCUGGUAAUUGGGCUCAAUGA